GCAUGACAGCGGCGAAGGGGGGCCAGAAGAUGAUCCGGAAAGCUAUGCAGUGACCAGGCAACUGUCUGCCCAGGACGUCGUGGACCCCGCCAGCGACGCCGUUUUCGCUUGGUGCAGGAAGGCUUACCGAAGUGUGGAGAAGCCGGAGCUCCAGACCACCGUGUUGGUGGACACGCCCCGAGAUAACUUCACCCACUUCGUUAUUUAUACAGCUUCGUCGUUGGUGGAACAAUCCACACCGACUGCACAUCAAAUCUUCGACGCGACGGCGACCGUCUCAGGAAUCGAGUUCAUUGAUGACGAUCUCGACCCGCUCGAGUUCGGAGGAAAUGUUACGUGGCAAGAGCCUGCAGAUUCCAGUCAGUUUGCUGUGCCUGAACAGCUCUUGGUGUGUGUGCAUCCCACACCGGAGAAGGACUAUCUUCUCUACUUCGCAGAGGAUGAACUGGGCACUAACCGAAGCCGGGUUGGCAGCAUCGUGCCGGCGCGCAAGUCGCGGAAACUUGCAGAGAACGAAGAGCGGUUUCUCGCUGAGUACGAGGCUCUGAAAAAGGCUGGUGUGUUUCAGGCGCCGCUGGUGCCUGGCGCGAAAGCCAAGAGCGCGUCGCAGAGCGCGGUGAAACACGGUGCAUCAGCUGCAGAGGACUCCUCGUACGAGUAUUACUCCUCGGGCGAGGAGGUGGAAGAGAAAGGCGCGCCUGUUACGGCGGCGAAGCAGGUGGCCAGAGAGGUGGAGGCGCGCCGGAAGCAGGCGCCCAGGGGGGCGAAGACCGAAGAGGAGGAGGAUGAAGGGGAAGAGGAGCGCCGUCCCCGGCGGGAGGAGGAUCGGCUGCAGCGCCUGCGGCGGGAGUUCGAGCACGAGGCAGAGCGCCAAAGGCGGCACGAGCGCGAGUCGCGCGAGGAGUGGGAACGCUUUCGCGAGCGGAUGGAGGAGGAUGCGCGCGCUCGUCGCGUGGAAAUGGAAGAGCAGCUGCGCGAACACGAAGAGCGGAUGCGCGAUCUUCGCGAGACACACAGGCGCAGGCAGCGCGAGGACAUGGAUGAGGAGGAAGAGCGGCGCCGUGCACGGCGGGAGGAGCGGCGCGAGGACAGGCGCGGGGACAGGCGCCCCCUUGAUCGAGAAGAGCGCCCAACGAGGCGAGAAGAGCGCCCAGCGGGGCGGGAGGAGCUCCCAACAGGACGGGAGGAGCGCCCAACGGGGCGGGAGGAGCGCCCAACGUGGCGGAAUGUCCUUUUUCCAGCUUCCUCGUGUGAGGCAUGGGGGCGAGCGCAGCGCUCCGCGGACAAUGCUGGUGCGUCGGAUCGCAGAGGCGGCAAGAGCGGCAAAGGGCGCGGUCAUCGCGAGAGCUACGUUGGCCGUGAGGUGGAUCUACAAGUUGGUCAGCCACUGGACAAGAACCGUGGCGGAGGCGCAACAAAAGUCGCUGUGUUGCUGGCCACGUACGAGCGCGCUGGUGUCGCGAGGGAGCUCAAGGAGCUGGCUGAGCGGUUUUCGGAUGAACUCGCUGCACGCGUGGAGCCCGUCAAGGCCAACAGCUGGAGCGACAAGCUCAGGCGCCUCUGCACGGCGAUUGGUCACAGCCAGGCGCGCGAGAUUCGCGAUAUGGCUGAGGAGUACAAGCACGCUCCUCCUGUCAAGGCUGCCAUGCAGAAUCGUCAGUGGCAGAGCUACCGGGAGCGCGGUUACCGCGACUGA